CUCACCGCGCCGCCGCCGGGCGCUGACUCAGCCGCAGUCCGGCUGCUCCGCCGAGCCGGACCUGGGGAGCGCGCUCCCGGAGCCUGCCUGGAGCCACCCGGGGAGCACCGCAGCGCUUGAGCCGCGGGCUUCCGGAGCUGGGGGCUGGCCCGUUUAGGUCCCUGAGCGCAUAGGACUCGCUUGGCCAGCCACCUACAGCUCUGCUCUUUGAGAAGCCGUGCUGACUCACUGGCUCCAGCUGUGAUGCUCAGCUGUCUGUCCAUCUUGUCUCCUGGAACAGCUCAACCCAGGGUCUUCCUGAAGUGGUGAUCACUCCAGCUGGCAGGGAUAGAAAAUGGUACCAGUCAGGCCAGAGCUCUGGGAUCCCACAGUCACUGCUGCAGGAUGGAGGAACCUACUCCCGAGCCCGUCUAUGUGGAUGUGGACAAGGGGUUGACCUUGGCUUGCUUCGUUUUCCUUUGCCUCUUCCUCGUAGUCAUGAUCAUCCGCUGUGCCAAAGUCAUCAUGGACCCCUACAGUGCCAUCCCCACGUCCACCUGGGAGGAGCAGCACCUGGAUGACUGAGGCACAUGACAGGUCUCAGUGUCCUGGACACACCUCUGUACACCCUGGCCAACAUCCUGCAAGCUCUUGGAGACUGGGAGUGGCUAUAACCACCCAGAGAUGGAGAAGGCUCACCUUUGCCUUACUGACUCUCACAUAACCACCAGAGGGAAAUGCCAGCAUGCCUGAGCCAAGGCAGUCUGGGGAAGCCUUGGGGGAGAGGAAUGCUAAGCCAUGACUCAGGAUUGUGGAGGUCACCCUGGGACUCCACUGGGAGACAGACAGCAGAGUGAUGGUCCCCAGCCCAGGCUCAAGGGCACCUUUGAAAUCUGGACCAAAACCAGAUAUUCUGGUCUGUAAACAGUGGUCAGGAGGAGACUGACCUUCAACUACACAGCACUGAGGGGUUGCUGAGAGCCCAGUACCCUCUACAGACUAGCACUGAUGAGGCAGGAAAGAUGGAGACUUCAGGGGGGCUUCUCCUGCAAAUUCUCACAAGGCACACAGCUACUUCCAAACUUUUUUUUUUAAACUCAGAUACAGAGGGAAUAUAUUUUUCCUGUUAAAAAUGAGAUGUGCAUUUUAGACACUAGGGAAAAUAUAGAUAAAUAGAAGGAAAGGGGGGUAAGUAGCACUUAAAAUCCAACCUCCCAGAAGCCAUCAUUUUGAUAUAUUUCUUCAAGUCUUUUUUACAGGAAUUUUUUUAGUAAUUCACACCAUAUGCAUGAUGCUGCAUUGAUCCGUAUGAUAGCUUAAAUAUCUUCUGCCUCACGAGAUACCACGGCUGUUUUAGUGACUGAGAGUAUACUGGCUAGGCCAUGGCUGAAUAUAGUCGUUUUCUUUAAUCUGGUUAACUUUCUACUAUGUACUCACAAGAAUCACUUCACCCACUAACCUUCAGAAGCUCUGCAUCACAGGAGCUCCAGGAGAGAGCUGGGUUCUAGACCUGCUUCAGCUAUUCAAAGGCUGUAAAAGUCACCUCACUUCUUGGUGCCUCCAUUUCCUCAUUGAAAUAUGGGAAGGAGAAGUCUGUCUGUCUGUCUGUCUGUGAAAGCAGCCAUGUCACAAGUGGGAGCUGAGAAUAGCUUGUCUCUUCUGUUGUCUUUCCUUCAUCAUCUUCUCCCACACACUGUCCCGUGUGUGUGUGUGUGUGUGUGUGUGUGUGUGUGUCUAUGACCUUGCUGCAAGGCUUCUAGGUCACAGCCCACAACCUUUCACAACCUGCUUCAACUCCUGUGUCCUUAUUAUAUGACCCCUAAAUAAAUCAGCACCUGUGAGCUCCAAUUUUGUCAUCUAUAAAAUGGGGGUGUAACAUCUACCUCACAAGGUUGUCAUGGAGAUAAAAUGGGAGGACAUAAGCAAACCCUCCUUGCCUUCUAAGAGCCAGAGCUCCCAGCCAGUGCCACAUUCACAAGUGGCCAGCAGACAUUCGCAGGGACACCAAGACACCAGGAUACCAGACACCAAGGCACAUGGGCUCAUGUCAUCAUCACUAUUGCUAUUUAUUUUCACAUAUAUGAGGGGUACCUAUUGUGUCCUUCCAGGGUAGGACCUGCUGCCUGUCAAAGGAGACCUGUGCUGUGGCCCUUGGGCCUUCUGCACCACCCACACUCAAGCCCUAGGUCCCCAUGCACAUUAGGCUACCUGGGAAAUGACUUUCCAAAGCACUAUCACACACACAACAUGACCCCUGAAUGUGGACACUCUUAUCAAGGUGGUUUUCCAGGGUAUGGUGUGUGUGUGUGUAUGUGUGUGUCUGUCUGUCGGUCUCUGUAUCUCUGUCUUUCUC